GAAUCAUCGGGAAUCACAACAAACGUGCCAAACAUUUCUCUCAUUGAAACCGGGAUGUUAAUUCUUGCUGCGACAUGAGGCUUUGUAUCCUGUAGCCAGCUAUGGCACCAGGAGAUGUCCUUCCUGACCAUGCCAAGCAGCUGAAGUGUAAAGAGAAGCGACCUGGAAGCAGGAGCUCGAAAGCAGACUGUGAGCCCGAUGGUUCCUUCAUCUUUGAGGCUCAUGAAGCGUGGAAGGACUUCCAUAAUUCCCUGAGACAUUUCUACGACGUUGGGGAACUCUGUGACAUUACGCUGAAGGUUGGCAGCAGAUUGAUACCAUGUCACAAGCUAGUGCUGGCUUGUGUUAUCCCAUACUUCAGGGCGAUGUUUCUGUCUGACAUGUCGGAGGCCAAACAGGAACUGAUUGAGAUCAAGGAUUUUGACGGUGACGCCAUCCAGGACCUGGUGCACUUUGCUUACUCCUCCAAGCUCACGUUAACUGUGGAUAAUGUUCAGCCGCUACUUUAUGCUGCUUGCAUCCUUCAGGUGGAGUUGGUAGCGAGGGCCUGCUGUGAGUACAUGAAGGCCCACUUUCAUCCCACCAACUGCCUGGCAGUUCGUACAUUUGCCGAAAGUCAUAAUCGUGUGGAUCUGAUGGACAUGGCUGACCGCUACGCAUGCGAGCACUUCACUGAGGUAGUGGAGUGUGAGGACUUCACAUGUGUGUCGCCUCAACACCUGCGUACCCUUUUGUCCUCCAGUGAUCUAAACAUCCAUUCAGAGACACAGGUGUACAAUGCAGCAGUCAAGUGGCUGAAAGCUAACCCCCAGUACCACGAGGCCUGGCUAGACCAGAUCAUGUCUCAGGUGCGCCUCCCCCUGCUCCCCGUGGAGUUCCUGACAGGAACAGUGGCUAAGGAUGAGAUGAUCAAGGGGAACCUGAGUUGUCGAGACUUGCUGGAUGAAGCGAGGAACUACCACCUCCAUCUCAGCAACAAGCCAGUGCCGGACUUUGAGUAUUCAGUACGCACCAUACCCCGAAAACACACUGCAGGUGUUUUGUUCUGCGUGGGUGGCCGGGGUGGUUCUGGUGACCCAUUUCGUAGCAUCGAGUGUUAUUCCAUAACCAAGAACAGUUGGUUUUUUGGACCUGAGAUGAACAGCAGACGGCGCCAUGUGGGUGUGAUAUCUGUAGGAGGUAAGGUUUAUGCUGUUGGCGGACAUGAUGGUAAUGAACAUCUAGGAAACAUGGAGAUGUUUGACCCCCUCACCAACAAGUGGAUGAUGAAAGCUUCCAUGAACACUAAGAGGAGGGGCAUUGCAUUGGCUGCUCUUGGUGGUCCCAUCUACGCUAUUGGUGGUCUGGAUGACAACUCCUGCUUCAACGACGUGGAGCGCUACGACAUCGAAAGUGACCGAUGGAGUGCCGUGGCUCCAAUGAACACACCCCGAGGAGGAGUGGGAUCUGUGGCUUUGGGGAGUUAUGUGUAUGCUGUGGGAGGUAACGAUGGUGUGGCAUCACUGUCCAGUGUGGAGAGAUUUGACCCCCACCUCAACAAGUGGACAGAGGUCAAAGAAAUGGGUCAGCGACGGGCUGGAAACGGAGUCAGCAAACUCAACGGCUGCCUUUAUGUAGUGGGUGGCUUCGAUGACAAUUCACCCCUGAGCUCCGUGGAGCGCUUUGACCCGCGGAUGCACCGCUGGGAGUACGUGUCCGAGCUGACCACGCCACGCGGGGGAGUCGGCGUGGCCACAGUGAUGGGGAGAGUGUUCGCAGUCGGAGGCCACAACGGAAACAUCUACCUGAACACUGUCGAGGCUUUUGAACCUCGAAUGAACAGAUGGGAGCUGGUGGGUUCGGUGUCACACUGCCGCGCUGGAGCCGGGGUAGCCGUGUGCUCGUCUCACGUGAGCCAGAUCAGGGACGUCGGCCAAGGCUCCAGCAAUGUGGUCAACUGCAUGUGAUCGGCGGCCCGCCUCCCAUGUGACUGUCUGUUUGUCAGGCCACCAAUCAGACGAGAACACUGCACACAACACGAAGCACACAGUCAGUGACAGACGGUGCAGUCAGUGUAACUGGUUCCACAUGUUGAUGUUCAUUCAGCCUGCACGCGCUCCCUGAUCAAUAUGACAGCGGUUUGACUGACGUCUGAGAGGACUGGCGUUUUUUUUUUUUUUUUUUUUUUCUGAG